CACGAAACACGCGCACGAAAGAGAGAUAAGAUGCCGCGUCCAAAUCACGCGCUCAGCAUUCGAACGGUUACGUAUGGGAGACUCUUCCACUUCUUCCACUUCUUCCAUUUCUCAAGGCACUUUCAAAUCAACGAAACCCUCUCAUUUUCGAGCGAAGAUCAACUUUCAAAAUAUAGAAAUCGUAGUUCGAAAACUGCAUCAAAACACCAUCAACCUCUCUGUGAAGAAGAAUCUGAAGAAAAAACAAACCAAGAAUACUCAACUUUCAGAGAAAAUGGCAGCAAGAAACCAAACCAAAGACCUCAAAUGUGCCACACAUCUCCUGAAUGAUAAGUUCAGAAACAUGACUGAGGAGAAGAAGGCCAUUGUCAGGGAUCUUGGAUUCGGUGGGUUGAUGCACAUCCCACCACUGAGGGUGGAUCACCAACUCUUGAGAGAGUUGGCAAAAAACUUCAAACUUGGGGAGAACAAACUGAGGACAGGAUAUGGUUCUUUCCAUAUAACCCCGAAAAAAAUAGGUGAUGCGCUUGGCAUCAAUGCAACAGGAGAUCUAUUUCCUGAGAAAGUUGACUACAAGAAACUUUCUGAAUCUGACAAAAUAAUUUAUAAAAGAUUCCAGGGUAAGACCCUCAAAAGUCUUACCGAUGAAAUGAUGGAAAUCGGCGUUGGCAACGAAGAGGAACGCCUGAUGUUCAAGAGGAUAUUCAUCCUCUACAUACAGAUGGCGUUCCUUUUGCCAACGACGAUAAACAAAAUAUCGCCGGUGCACCUGGUCCCGAUUUUUGAGAUGGAGGGCAUAGAGGACAGAAACUGGGGGGGGCAUGUCUUGACCUUCAUGAUCAGGGGCAUAACAGACUACCAGGAGAAGAAGAAGAAGGCAAUCAAUGGCUGCCUCUUCGCCCUGAUGAUAAUCUACUUUCACCUUUCAAAAAACAAACGCAACAACAGGGGUGAAAGACCACCAAAGCCAUGGAUUGCCAACUGGACUAAGGAGCAGUUGGUGAAAAGAAUGAAUGAAGAGAGAGAGGAAACUUUGGGGAUUCUGAAUUUGGCAGAGACAAAAGAAAAAAUGAGAAAAAAAGAAAAAAAACAAAAAGAACAGGAAAUAAAAAAAACAAAAAAAAGGAAGGCGAGCUCAACAUCGUCUUCGGAGACAGAAACUACCGAGAGUGACACUUCUACCUCUGAGUCUGAGGCUCAAGAAGACUCGGAGGAUUCGGGAAUUAAACACCCCGGCAAAAAGGGGAAAAAAAUGGACUCAAGAAAAAGAAAGCAGAGGGAAGAGGAGUCGGAUUCUGAUUCAGAAUCUGAAUCUGAACCAAGUGACGAGAGCGAAGAAUCAUUGCCUGCGGAGAAGGAGAAGAAAAAGAAAGAAACAAAAACAACUCCAAAAGAGUAA